CGCAGCCCCAGCAGCCGCACCGGGUGGGUUCGGGAGGCCCUUGGAGCGCUCCGGCCUGGGACGCGCGGUGAGCCCUGGGUGUGUCCCAGAGGGAUCCACGUGACUUCUCUGUAGCCUGCUUGUCAUCAUGCCCCACCAAGAACGGGGAGAGUAAGUGGGGGUCAUUCCCCAUGCCCCUCCCAUGGUCAGCUCCCCGAUGGCCUGGGUGAGGGUAAGCUGUCUGCUCUGACACCAUGGGGAGCUGCUGCAGCUGCCUGAAUAGAGACAGCAUCCCAGACAACCACCCCACCAAGUUCAAGGUGACAAAUGUGGAUGACGAGGGGGUGGAGCUGGGCUCUGGAGUGAUGGAGCUGACGCAGAGUGAGCUGGUGCUGCACCUGCAGCGGCGUGAGGCCGUCUGCUGGCCCUACCUCUGCCUGCGGCGCUAUGGGUACGACUCCAACCUCUUCUCCUUUGAGAGCGGCCGCCGGUGUCAGACGGGCCAGGGGAUAUUUGCCUUCAAGUGCUCCCGGGCUGAGGAAAUCUUCAACCUCCUGCAGGACCUGAUGCAGUGCAACAGCAUCAAUGUGAUGGAAGAGCCGGUCAUCAUCACCCGCAACAGCCACCCGGCUGAGCUCGAGCUCCCCAGGGCCCCCCAGCCUCCCAACGCUCUAGGCUACACUGUCUCCAGCUUCUCCAAUGGCUUCCCCGGCUGCCCGGGAGAGGGCCCACGAUUCUCAGCUCCCCGGCGCCCCUCAACCAGCAGCCUGCGACACCCCUCGUUUGGGGAAGAGUCCACCCAUGCCCUUAUUGCCCCUGAUGAGCAGUCCCACACCUAUGUCAACACGCCGGCCAAUGAGGAAGCCCACCGCCGGAGCCGGCACUGCCUACAGCCCCUGCCUGAAGGGCGGGCGCCCUUCCCCUCGCAGACCCGGGCCCCCGGCCAGCGGGACCCGCAGGUGUUCUUGCAGCCAGGCCAGGUGAAGUUCGUGUUGGGCCCAACCCCUGCGCGGAGGCACGUGAUGAAGUGCCAGGGCCUCUGCCCCAGCCUGCAUGACCCCCCACCCCACAACAAUAACAAUGAGGGCCCCUCUGAGUGCCCAGCCCAGCCCAAGUGCACCUAUGAGAACGUCAGCGGAGGGCUGAGGCGAGGGCCCGGCUGGAGACUGAGCCCGGAGGAACCGGGCUGGAGUGGCCUUGCCCACCGCCGGGCUGCCCUGCUGCACUAUGAGAACCUGCCCUCCCUGCCCCCAGUGUGGGAGAGCCAAGCCCAGCAGCUGGGGGAGGAGGCCGCGGGUGAUGGGGACUCCAGGGAUGGGCUCACGCCCUCCUCCAAUGGCUUUCCGGACGGCGAGGAAGACGAGACCCCGCUGCAGAAGCCCACCAGCACCCGGGCUGCUCUCCGCAGCCACGGCAGCUUCCCUGUGCCGCUGAACCGCCGCCGAGCCUCCCCUCGUGUCUUCAACUUCGAUUUCCGCCGGCCUGGCCCCGAGCCCCCAAGGCAGCUCAACUACAUCCAGGUGGAGCUGAAGGGCUGGGGUGGAGACCGCCCCAAGGGGCCCCAGAACCCUUCAGCUCCCCAAGCCCCCGUGCCCACCGCCCACCCUGCCCGCAGCUCAGACUCCUACGCCGUGAUUGACCUCAAAAAGACCGUGGCCAUGUCCAAUCUGCAGAGGGCUCUGCCCCGAGAUGAUGGCACUGCCAGGAAAACCCGGCACAACAGCACCGACCUGCCUCUGUAGGGACGUCCCGCCUCCCCCGCGGCCCAGCUCCGCCUCGCUCCGCUCUGGACCCACGCACCCCAGGGCGCAGGGUUGCUUCGCAGGAGGGCACUGAGGUGGGACCGAGGCUUCCCCGCGCCGGCCAGGUCCCAGAGGGGGCAGCCAGAGUCUCCUGGCCUCCAAGAGGAGAGAAGUGGCCGGCCGGGAGGGAGCCCACGUCGCCUGUGAGGGACUGUGAGGGGCCGUGUGAUUGCAUUUAGCGCCCUCCGAGCGUCCAUUGUCUUGUCUGUCUGUGUGUUUUUUUUGGUUGAAAUUUUGAAACAUUUUGUACCUGUUGAUUUUAUUUAUCAGUUUAUUUUUCUAUUUAUUGUUUUAAAUGUAACUUAACAUAUUUAUUAUUAAUAUAAUUAUUUUUAAAUUCUG